AUGGAAGUGAAUGCAUCUCGGCAGUACGUGAUGUCAGUUCCCAAUGCAAACUACGAGGAAAAUUCCCAGGGAGCUGCUUGUGGACCAGACAGCAGCUCGAAGCAGGAAAGCCUCUCACCGAUAACCGCACCAUCCCAAGGCAGCACUAGUAAAAUACAAUAUGCGUUUUAUAACACCUUAGAAUUGAGACGGAGUUUUGGUUCUGCCUUUAAAACAUCCAUUUUUGAAGACUUGCAUGUAUUCUCAUUAACAUUUAAAAAAUAUUAUUCCAGCUGCGUUGGGGUAGAGGAGCACCAUGCUGUUGACAUUGAUCUGUACCAUUGUCCCAACUGUGCAAUUCUCCAUGGACCUUCUCUAAUGAAGAAGAGGAGGAACUGGCACAGACAUGACUACACGGAGUUGGAUGAUGGCUCCAAACCAGUGCAGGCUGGAACACGGACCUUUGUUAAACAGCUGCGGGCUCGCUCUUUCCCAAGUGCUGAUGAAGUCAUUUUGAAAAUGCAUGGAAGCCAGCUGACACAAAGAUACUUGGAGAAACAUGGGUUUGAUGUUCCCAUUAUGGUUCCUAAAUUAGAUGGUCUGGGGCUCAGACUUCCUCCGCCAACUUUCUCUGUUUUAGAUGUGGAACGCUAUGUAGGUGGUGACAAAGUGAUAGAUGUAAUAGAUGUAGCAAGACAAGCAGACAGUAAAAUGAAGCUCCAUAAUUAUAUUAAAUACUUCACAAAUCCUGAUCGACCAAAAGUAUUAAACGUGAUCAGCCUGGAGUUCUCGGACACGAAGAUGUCUGAAUUAGUGGAAGUACCAGAUAUUGCCAGAAAGCUUUCAUGGGUGGAAAAUUACUGGCCAGAUGAUUCUGUCUUCCCUAAGCCUUUUGUUCAGAAGUAUUGCCUGAUGGGUGUCCAGGACAGUUAUACUGAUUUUCAUAUCGAUUUUGGAGGAACAUCAGUUUGGUACCAUGUUCUCUGGGGUGAGAAGAUAUUCUAUUUGAUCAAGCCUACUGAUGAAAAUUUGGCUCUGUAUGAGUCUUGGAGUUCAUCUGUUACCCAGAGCGAAGUAUAUUUUGGGGACAAGGUUGACAAAUGUUACAAAUGUGUUGUGAAGCAAGGACACACUUUAUUUGUUCCUACAGGCUGGAUUCACGCUGUGCUCACAUCUCAGGAUUGUAUGGCUUUUGGAGGAAACUUUUUGCACAACCUCAAUAUUGGCAUGCAGCUCAGGUGUUAUGAAAUGGAGAAGAGGCUAAAAACCCCGGAUCUUUUCAAAUUUCCUUUCUUUGAAGCCAUCUGUUGGUUUGUGGCCAAAAACUUACUGGAAACAUUGAAAGAACUAAGGGAAGAUGGUUUCCAGCCUCCAAGCUAUUUAGUGCAAGGAGUGAAGGCUUUACUUGCUGCUUUAAAGUUAUGGAUGAAAAAAGAC